UGUUCAGCCGCGUUCCCCACAAACCGGGGAAUGUUUUGAGUGAGACCCCAGCCGCCGGGGUCAUGAACCGCGCUGCCAUAGAGACGGGCUAAAGCCGAUCGACCUGAGCCGAUUACAGAGUCGACGAGAAUAUUAAAAUAACAAAAUAAAAUAUAUAUGUAUACAUAAAAUAAAUAUAAUAACAACAGGAGAUCAAACUAUGUCCGCCACGGCACCGCUGGAGAACAAGGAAAAUUCUGAAGCUAAUUCUAAGUGGCUGGAUGCUCACUACGAUCCUGUGGCCAAUCUGAACACGUUCUCCUCAUGCAUAGCUCUAGCAGAUUUAAAUGGCGAUGGGGAGAGUAAGCUGGUUGUAGGGGACCUGGGCACGGGAGGUUGCAAUAUGAAGCUGAAGGUCUACAAGGGAACCACCCUGAUGACUGACAACACACUCCUGGAUCUGCCCACGGGGCUGACGGCUUUCCUCAUGGACCAGAACGAGCCACGGACCCCCGCCGUCGCCGUGGCCUCGGGACCCUUCAUCUACGUGUACAAGAACCUGCGCCCCUAUUUCAAAUUCACCCUGCCCCCCCUCGAGGUCAACUCGCUGGAGCUGGAGGUGUGGAGCCAAGCCAAGGAGGAUAAAAUUGAUCCGGUGACCCUGAAAGAAAUGCUGGAAGGAAUCAGGUGCAAGGCUGAGGUCCCGCUGUCUGUCAGAUCCCUGAAGUUCUUGAUGUUGGAGCCCCAGGAAAUGGAGACAUUUGUUAACCUGUACAAAAAUCAACCACUCAAACGGCAGACUGUCAUCACCUGCAUUGGCACUCUGAAGAAGAACAUGGCGGACGACGACGCGGUGAGCUGCCUGGUGAUCGGGACGGAGUGCAUGGAGCUCUAUAUCCUCGACCCCGAGGCCUUCACCGUCCUGGCCAAGAUGAGCCUGCCCAGUGCUCCCGCGUUCAUGGAUGUGACUGGGCAGUUCGACGUGGAGUUCAGGGUCACAGUCGCCUGCAGGAAUGGGAACAUCUACAUCCUGCGGAGGGACUCCAAGAAACCCAAAUACUGCAUCGAGCUGUCCUCCCAGCCUGUAGGGCUGGUCCGGGUGAAUAAGAACAUUGUGGUGGGCUGCACUCAGGAAUCACUGCGAGGAUACACUCAGAAGGGUAAGAAGCUGUGGACUGCCUUUCUGCCGGCUCCUAUCACCACAAUGGGAGUCAUGGACCACAAAACCAGGGGCUACCAAGCUGUGCUGGUGGGACUGGCCAACAGCGAGGUCCACGUGUACCGCGAAAAAAACCUGGUCAACAUCGUCAAGAGCCCGGAUGUGGUGACCAGCAUUUGCUUUGGGCGAUACGGGCGUGAGGAUGGGACACUUAUCAUGACAACGAAAGGCGGCGGUCUCGUUAUUAAAAUCCUGAAGCGCACCGCGGUGUUCGACGAGAAAGACUCCACCCCGGGACCCCCCAUGGCUCAGAGCAUCAAGCUGAACGUGCCCAAGAAGACCAAGCUGUACGUCGACCAGACCCUGAGGGAGCGGGAGAACGCAGUGGGGAUGCACAGAGCGUUCCAGAUGGAUCUUUAUCGCCUCAGACUGAACGCUGCCCGGGCCUACGUCAAGGUUCUGGAGUCCAGCCUGUCCCCCAUGUCCUCCAGCGUCUCGGAGCCUCUCAGAAUGAACGCUGUGGUCCAGGGUCUUGGGCCUUCCUUCAAGCUCACCCUGAACAUCCAGAACACCUCAGCGUGCCGGCCGGCAAUGAACCUCUGCAUCAGCUUCCUGUACGAUCAGAGCCUGUACUCCAUGAAGACAGCCUUCUUCAAGAUUCCAAUGCUGGUGCCAGGACUGAACUACCCCAUUGACACCUUUGUGGAGUGUCUCAGUGACAAGGGCAUUUCAGAUAUCAUCAAGGUGUUUGUUCUCCGGGAGGGGAAGACCGCCCCCUUGCUCACUGCACAUAUAAACAUGCCGGUCAGCGAGGGGAUCGUGGUGAGCUGAGACCCUGGGCAUCUCUCCAGCUGAAUUCCACGGUCAGGGAUCAACACCACCUCUCAGAGGAACCUGCAGUUCAUUUGUUGUGUUCAAUACAAACUGUUACUUUGUUACCACCUUGUUGAAUGUGUUACUGAAAUGAUCUCACUGAACCAGGGGUGUCAAACUCCAGUCCUCGAGGAUCGCGGGGGCUUCUGUCUUUCAUUCCAACUUAAGCUCUCCCUGGACUGGUCACCUGUAAGGGUUCAAUGUGUUAAUCACAGGGGGCUCCUCAUGAUCUAACCUGCUGGCCCCCAUAGUUGUUUUUUUUUUCAGUUUUCUCUAACAUACAGCUAUGGACAAAAGUUUUGUAUCACCUAGAAUUUUAGGAUUGAGACAUGAUUUAAAAAACAAUUAAAAAAAUAUAUAUAUUAGAUUUAACAUGUAGUCAAGAAAUCGAUACUGCAAUGUCACAUUUUUUUAAUUUGUCAGUUUUCCGUUAAGUAUAUGAGAAAACUACAAAGCGGUGUGCAAUUCAAGAUGUUAACGCAAUAUUAUUCAGCAGGUUUCAUUCGACUUCAUGAAGCUAAAUUAGUUCAUUCUGUAGGGUGAUGCAAAACCUUUGGCCAGGAGACCAAAUCUAUUAUCAAGCCCCUGUAGAUGACUGCACAGUGCAAUGUAUAUGAGUGUUUGUACAGUUCAAAUUGUUUUUUGUAUGUUUUAUUUAUAUGGUUCGGCUUGCUUUGUCCUAGGCGGUUGGCUUUUAUUAACAUGUACAGAGAUAAAAUUACAUCUUGCAAAAUAA